GCCUUGCGAGCUUCUCGAAUCUCCGUUUUCCGGGUCGGUUUUCUCGAAUUCCUCAGUCCCUCCAGUAUCGCUUGCCCCGGUGUCUCGAUGGCAGGGUCCUCAGAAAAUAACCGCAACUGGGAGGUCCAGUCCGAAGAUGCGAAACGCCUACUAGCCGAAGAUAAAUACGAUGAUUGUCUGUCGUGCCGAGUUACCGGUUCCGCUGCAUUUAUUGGUCUCGGAGUAUACAGUUAUUACACGGGAAUGAGCAAUCUACGCAAGCAGGAGACGGCCGGCAUGUUGCAUGCUACGAAAUAUAAAAUGGGCUCCCGACAACUCGGCAUCGCAACCAUCUCCGCGACGUUGGUGGGCAUGGGGAUCUACAGGGCUCUCAACUGAUGAUUGGGAUGAGAUGGCGUCACAAUGUUAUGUAUACUAGCAGAAACUCUCUAUGUUACAAAUAUCUCAUACAUGAAUGCUG